GGUGAUAUUUGAUGUAAUUGAUUGAAUGUAACAUGCUGAGUGGUUGGUAGUGGAAUCUUUUACUGCAGGAACGCAAUAUUUUUCAUCAACAGAAAUUUUUAUCUGCCACCCCAGCUUGUCUCCUCUCUCUAUUUGAGAUAUUCUCUCUUUUUAUCAAUUAGGUCUCUAUUUUUCACAGUUGUACACACGUAGAGGAUUAAUGGUAAAAUUAGUUGAAUUGGCUAAAAUGUAAUGUACUUAGAUUAACAAAAAAAAAAAAAAAAAAAAAAUGAAAGGAGGUGUUUUAUUUUGAAAAACAGUGACCGGAUGUACAUUCGGACCGUUCCUGCUGACUUGACACUCGGCUCGAUUCAGCCGUGGGGAGCUCAGCUGUUUGCCUGGAGACAUUUACAGCAUCAAAAUAAACUGAAAUAAAGUUUCUGCCGGCGACGUCCUGGGCUGACACCUUCCCUGCGCGGAUUAACGACUUUUGACGGACUCUUAACAGGAUUUAGAAGAAUGGCAGAGCAGGAGAGAGGACUUCUUCAUCACUGAGAAGAAGAGGAGGAGGAGGAGCUGCAGUUUCAGGAUGGAGCGAGCUCACAGCCUCCUGCUGAACGAGGAGGUGUGCAGUCAGCUGGGUGAACAUCAGAGGGCGGAGUUUAUCUUCGAGUGGCUGAACCACCUGAAGAAGCUCCUCCCAUCCACAGACAGGGUCGACAUCAAACACAACCAGCGGCGCCUGGUCGACCAGCUGUCGACCGUUCUGAUUGGCUCCCCCGGCCCUCCGACCCGCUGGCUGCUGGCCCACUGCUUGGCUCUGCUCUACCGCCUGGGAGACCCCGUACCUUCCAGCUUAUUGGUGGAGAGGUGCAAUGACAUCAUCCGCAGCAAAGACGACUCUCCGUCAGGCCUCCCCACCCGGCUGGCAGCCGUCGCGUGUCUCGGCGCUCUGUACGAGCAGCUCGGCCGGAUGCUCGGCGGCUCCUUCAGAGACACUCUGACCAACCUGCUGAAGGCCAUGAAGAGCGCCGAGUCUCAGGGUCGCUAUGAGAUCAUGUUGAGCGUGGAGAAGAUCCUGCGAGGUUUAGGCGUCAGCGCCAUGCCGUGUCACCGUGACGUCUACAAGGCGGCGAGGACCUGUCUGACGGACCGAUCCAUGGCUGUGCGCUGCGCCGCCACUAAGUGUUUGCUGGAGCUGCAGAGGGAGGCGGUGUUCCUGUGGACCAGCGAGCUGGAGAACGUGGCCACUCUGUGCUUCAGAGCCUUCGAAGGAUCCAACUACAACGUCCGAGUGUCUGUGGCCAAACUGCUGGGAACUCUGCUGGCUGCUGCCGUGGAGCCCAGGCAGCCCACCGCAGCGCCGAGGCAGGGAGGGCGGGGUCGAAGCUCUCUGGAGGAGGUGAUGGAUUUGUUGACGGCGGGGUUCCUGCGGGGCGGGGCGGGCUUCCUCCGAGCCAGCGGAGACAUGUUGAAGGGGACGAGCUCCGUCAGCAAGGACAUCCGCAUCGGAGUCACACAGGCCUGCGUGGUCUUCGUCUCCACCCUGGGAGGCUCGUGGCUGGAGGCGAACCUCCCAGCCUUCCUGUCUCUGCUGAUGGAGUUGGCGUCCCACGGCCGAGCCACGCAAACGCCGGGCGACGCCGUGGUGACCCGCCGCUGCGUGUCCUUCGUCCUGAGGAGCACCCUGGGGUCCCUGCUGGGAGAGAAGGCUCAGACCAACGCCGCCAAACAGCUCUGCCUCGCCGUGGCCUCACAGAGACGAGCCAUCGAUGCAGCUCUGACUGACGGGAACAUGGAGACCAGAGUUUCGUCUGCAGACGUCUCAGCCAGUCAGCAUGUGUUGGUCUGCUGCCUGCUGGAACUGGGAGGACUCAUCCAGGGACUGGGAUCCACUGCCGCCCCCCUCCUCACUGACAGUAGCACAGCCCUCCUGGACACGGUGAUCUCCGUCCUCCUACACCCCGCCUCCUCGGCCCGGAUGGCCGCCGCCUGGUGCCUGCGCUGCGUUGCCAUGGCGAUGCCGUCCCAGUGCUCCCUGCUGCUGGACCGCUGCGCCGAGCGGCUGGUGGCGCUGAAGUCCUCACCUGAAGCCGUGGCCGGGUACGGAGCAGCUGUCGCCGCCCUGGUGGCCUCAGUGCAGCACUGCCCCCUGGGAAUACCACACACCAAGGGCAAGGUGGUGCUGGGUCUGGCUGAAGACCUCCUCCGCUCCGCCUCCCAGAACAGUCGCAUCUCCCUGCAGAGGACUCAGGCCGGCUGGCUGCUCGUCUCCUCCCUCAUCACUCUGGGACCUGCCGUGGUGGAGCACCACCUCUCCCGCCUCCUCCUCCUGUGGCGGUGUGUGUUUCCUGCCUCUCUGAGGGAGCAGGAGAUGGAGCUACGUCGAGGGGACUACUUCACGUGGCAGGUUACGCUGGAGGGACGAGCAGGGGCGCUCUGCGCGAUGAAGAACCUGCUGCUGCACUGCAGGGAGCUCGUCACUGAUGACAUCAUCAGCCGCCUGCUCACGCCGUUGGCCUGCGCUGUGGCCCUGCUCACCAAGUUGCCUGCUCUCCUCAGGUCGUACAGCAGUUCUGUUCGUAGCUGGUCGCUCGUCUACAGACUGAGAGUCUACGAGCUUCUCGCUCUGCUGCCUCCACACACCUACCAAGAGAGUUUUGGUCUGGUGAUGAACCAGCUGGUGACGGAUCUGUCCGGUCAGGACAACCUGAACCAGCCGUGCUCAGACCUCACCCUGCUGCCCCCCCUCUGUCACCACGACGACCUGCUGCUGGUCGGCCCCGCCCUCCACGACACGGACCACAGAUACAUCGAGGAACAGCUCCACGGCAGCAGUGUGGGGGGGGGCUCUCUGGACAACGACCCCUUCAGUCUGUGUGAGAGGAGUGAUGAAGCUCCCGCUCCUCUUCCUCCCCCCGUCGCUCUGACCGCCGCCGCCGUCCGUCUCUUUGGAGCUCUCUUCCCCCACAUCAUCUCCGCUCAGAGAGUGAAGAUACUGGAGCAGUUUGUAGAAACCGUGAACCAGCUGAAGGGUCAACGGCAGCAAACCGUCCAGACACACGUCUGUGCUGCCCUCUGCAGUCUGCUCAAGAGCCAGGGCAGUGCUCGGGGCCUCCUGGGGCCAGAGGAGAUCCGUUCCCCGGCGCUGUCCCUCCUGUCGGGGGCGCUGGAGAGCGUCAGCCCUCUGCUCCGCUGCCUGGCUGUUGAAGGUCUGGCCCGGCUGGUUCAGGUGGUCGGAGACCCCGGCUUCACCGUCUCCGUCUCCCUGCUCUGCUUCGACAGGCUGAAGACGGCUCGGGACGCAGCGUCUCGCAGUGGCUACGCUCUGGCUCUGGGGGCGCUGUACCGCUACACCGGAGGGAUCAGCUCACCCCAGCACCUGUCCACCUGCCUGGGCGUCCUGUUCACCCUGAGCCAGGACAGCACCUCACCUGAGGUCCAGACCUGGUCCCUCCACAGUCUGUCCCUGGUGGUCGACCUGUCCGGCGGUCUGUAUCGAGCCCACGCCGAGCCGUCCUUCACUCUGGUGCUCCGGCUGCUGCUGUCGGCUCCGCCCACCCACCCCGAGGUUCACUACAGCCUGGGACGCUGCCUGCACGCCCUCAUCACCUGCCUGGGCCCCGACCUGCAGGGUGACGGCGUGGCGGUGUCCGGUCUGCGCUCCAGCUGCCUGGUGGGAUGUGGAGUGAUGCAGGCCAGUCCCGACUGUCUGGUCCAGGCCAGAGCCAUUUCCUGUCUGCAGCAGUUGCACAUGUUCUCACCUCCGCACGUCAACCUGGCCAACCUCGUACCUGCCCUCUGUGAGAUCUUGUUGGAUUAUUCCAUGUUGGCCAACCUGUGCAGCUCGUACCUGUGUCUACGUCGGGCCGUGGUGGCGUGUCUGCGGCAGCUCGUCCAGCGGGAGGCGCUGGAGGUCUCUGAGCACGCAGUGACUCUGGUCAAAGAGCUGCCGAGACGAGACAACACACAACUCGACGUCACUAUAAAGGAAGUGGGUCUGGAAGGAGCUCUGUUCACUCUGCUGGACCGGGAGUCAGAUCCAGGUCUGAGGAGGGACAUCCAGGAGACUCUGGUUCACAUGAUGACGUCCAGCGCCACCAGUGGGAAACUGGGACACUGGCUCAAACUCUGCAAAGACGUCCUGUCUGCAACCACCGACUGUCGGGCUCCAGUGGAGGCGCGUCAGGAUGAAGAGGAGGCGGACUCCAGCAGAGACGAUGACUCCUCUGCUUUCAGAGCCCGGCCCGAGUCCGGCGGCCCGUUCACGGCCCUGCGUUGGGCCACGCGCCGCUUCGCCAUGGAGUGUGUGUGUCGCAUCAUCGCGCAGUGCGAAACCGCCGACCCGGCUCACUUCAACAUGACUCUGGCUCAGGAGCGACGCCUGCACGAGUCCACCGACUUCCUCGUUCUUCAUCUUGGUGACCUGGUCCGAAUGGCGUUCAUGGCGGCUACAGAUCACAGUGACCAGCUGAGGCUGGCGGGUCUUCAGACCCUGCUGGUCAUCAUCAGGCGCUUCUCAGCCAUCCCCGAACCGGAGUUCCCCGGUCACGUGAUCCUGGAGCAGUACCAGGCAAAUGUUGGAGCUGCUCUCAGACCAGCCUUCACUGCUGACGCUCCUCCUGAUGUCACUGCGAAGGCCUGCCAGGUCUGCAGCGCCUGGAUUGCCAGCGGUGUCGUCAGUGACCUCCGUGACCUCCGACGUGUCCAUCAGCUCCUGGCCUCCUCAUUGGCUAAAGUCCAGGUUGGGAGUGACACGUCCAGCCAGCUGUACAACGAGGCCACGGCUACCAUGGAAACACUGGCCGUCCUCAAGGCCUGGGCCGAGGUUUACAUCGUGGCCGUUCAGAGGAGCAGACAGAAGGAGAGCCCUGGGAGGACGGCCGACCUGUCAGUCUCCUCUCUGGCCAAUGACAGCUCGAGCUCUGAGUCAGGAGGGGCGGGCCUCCUGAAGUUGGUCCAAUCAGAUUUGUCGACGCUGAGUCGUCUGUGGUUGGCGGCGCUGCAGGACUACGCCCUGCUGACUCUGCCACAGGAGUACGCACCACAGCUACCUGCGACAGGAGGCUCCUUCUACACAGCAGAGACUGUGAACCAGGCCAGAGCUCACUACUCCUCCUCCUGGGCUCCCGUCCUCCACGCCACCUCCCUCUGGCUGCACAGCACAGGUUUUGUGAUGUCAGACGACACACCUGCCAACCUGUCCAGACCGGCCACGCCCACCUCUAUGGGACAGACUGACUCAGUGGGCGGAGCCAAGAGUCCGGAGGACGUCAACGCCGACAGACUGCACCUCAUACUGGGGAUCAGCGUGGAGUUCCUGUGUUCGCCGCACUCCCACGACCAGAUGGAGAACAUCACGUCGUGUCUGCGGGCGCUGCGGGCGCUGCUCGACGUCUCCUGGCCCCGAGCCAAGAUCGGAAACGACCAGGCUCUGAGUGUGGAGCUGCUCAGCGUCCUCCACAGACUCAUGGUGACCAGGGAGUCGGCGUCCGUUCAGCUCGCCGUGUUGGAUCUGCUGCGACAGAUUGUGGCGGCCGCUCAGGAGCACGUGAGGGAGAAACGCCACAGCGCCGAGGUGGAUGACGGCGCGGCGGAGAAGGAGACGCUGCCAGAGUUCGGGGAGGGACGGGACACCGGCGGUUUGAUUCCCGGACGCUCGCUGGUGUUCGGAGCGCUGGAGCUCUGCCUCUGUGUACUGGUCCGGAAACUCCCACAGCUCAGCCCCAAACUGGCCGGAACCAGUCCAACUGGUCCUGGAGGUUCAGUGUGGAGUCUGACGGACAGCGACUGUCAGCUGGUGGCGUCGGCUCUGUGUGUCCUGUCUGAGCUGCCGUCCGUCUGCUCCCCUGAAGGCAGCGUGUCCAUCCUCCCCACUGUCCUCUACCUGCUGCUGGGAGUCCUCAGAGAGCUGGUCCACCUGCCCGUCACACACACAGGUGUCCCAGCCGCAGGCUCAGGGGGCGGGGCUUGUCUGGGUGUGGUGGUCCAGGCGGCGCUUCAGGCUCUGAAGUCCGUCCUGACGUCUCCGAUGAGUCGACAAGAGAAGAGCCGAGGAGCCUGGAACCUGCUGCUGAGAUCAGCUCUGAACACACUGCUGGGGCUGUGGGACACUGGGGACUCUGGCUGUGUUGUGGACCAGAUCAGCCUCCUCACAGCUCUGACCGUCUUCCUGCUGUCUGCUGGUCCUGACGUCUGUACGCCGGAGCCUCUGCACGCGCUCUGUGUGCAGCGCUUCACCGCCAGUAUGGAUGCCAAAGACUCGAUGGUUGUGAGUCGCUGUUAUCAGCUGAUGACGUCGGUGUUUCAGGCUCAGCCCGCCGUAGCCGUCCCGUACAUCCAGGCCCUCGGCCCGCCGCUGGUUCGAUUCCUCCAGAGGGCAGAGAGGAGUCGACCUCAGAGUCCAGAGGAGCUGCUGGGAGUCCUGGAGGGGGUCCGAGCCCUGGAGGCUCUGGUCCAGGCUGCUGACGAGUCCCAGCGCCCUCAGCUGGCGGCCAUCUUGCUUCCUCUGCUCAUCUCCUUCCUCCUGGAUGAAAACGCCCUCGGCUCGGCCCCCGCAGCGUCCCGGUCUCUCCACGAGGCGGCGCUCAAGGACCUGAUGCGUCUCGGCCCCCAGCACUCGGCCGUCUUCAGAUCUCUCAUUGCGUCGUCUCCUCACCUCAAGUCUCGUCUGGAAGCCGCCGUCAAGGGAAACCAGGAGAGCCUGAAUGCUAAAGCUAGUGGCGCCACCCGCAGCGCCGCCAAGUCCUCCCCCAGCAUCACACUCAAAACCAACUUCCUGUGAGACGAGCCGACCGCAGAUCAGCAGCACCGAGGUCGAUCUCCUGGAGCUCGUGCUGCGUUCACUGUCCGCCUGGACAAAUGCUACUGCAUGAAGUCAAUUGGGCGUAUCGCUAACCUGCAGGAAAAACAGCUGUGUUAUGACAUCAUUUCCUCUUUCACUAAAGAGAAGAGGAUCUUCUGUUGUUCAGGGCGACGAUCAUAAACUUCCAAACACUCCACGCUGCACGUCACUAAAUCACACAUCAUUUCACUGAGGCGUAAUGAUUUCACGUAUCACGUCUGCGUGUCCUUGAACGCAGCUUCAUCCUCCACCUGAAACAGUUGGUUCAUCUUUUGGCAAAAGAAUUUUCUCUGAAUCUGAAACGCUGCUGUUUCUGAAGUCAAGAACGAACCUUCAGCUUAAUCAAUAACAAUUAUAACAACAGAUUAAUCCAUCAAAGUUAUUGAUCAGAUAUACAACGUGACGUUCUGCAGCUUCAGCUUCUCCAGUGCGACAGGAUUUACAGACUGAGUCUCCGUGUGACUCAGCUGUUGUUCAGACAGAGGAUAAAUGUUGCGUUCAGGGGCCACAGCUUACGAUUAAAAUCAUCAGUUCAGAGUCCGACUGUGUCUGAACAACAGUCCAGAGAAGAAGACAGGAAACCAGACCACGUCACGUUAGAGAAGCUGGAACCAGAAAACUCUGCUUCAGUUUUACAUCAUCAGUUCUUCUGUUGCUCAGUGUAAGGAAGGAUGUUUACCUGCAGCAGGUAAUAGGAAACUGUUUUAACUUUAGGUCUUAUUUCAUAUCAGACAUGACGAGUAUGAGGCUCCUGAUCUUGAUCCUGAUCCUGAUCAGUUCAGAAAGCUGUAAAUCUUAAAUCGUAAGUUCUUCCACAGGAGAUGACGAUGACGAGUUUCGUUUUUUUAGGAUGAAAAUCAUCAGUUUUAAUGAUCUUAUCACCUAUGUUUUAUUUCUUAUUUUAACGUGUUAUUCUGUUCUAGUUCUUCUGAGAAUCCAGAGAAUGUGAAGAACUUCGAUUUAUCAGCUCAACUCACUGACAGAUCAAAGUUUUCAGUUCCGUCACACUGAGACCAGAUCAAUGAUUUCAACAAACAGGAAGGAACGUGGCGUUUGUUUUACUAAACAGGGAAGUUUGAAUGUUUGAACGAUGAACUUGAGUUUUAUUUUUCCAGAAGUGGAUGUGUCGUGUUUUGGAAACAUGAUACAUGACAAAGUUUAAAGCUCCUUAUUUUCUUCCUCUUCUAUGUUUUAUUUGAAGUGUUGAUCCAUCAGAAGCUAUAAAAACCAUCUCAGUGUAGUUUUACAUCUCCUCUCUCAGGCUUCUCUCUGGAGCUCUAGUAACAACAGGUCGGUGAGCCAAUCAGAAGAGAGGAGGCUCUGAGCCUCUCUUCUGAUUGGCUGACUGUUUUCUGAGUGAUCCAAUAAAAAUACAGCAGAUUUCAGGUAAAAACACUCAGAGAAACCAAAUCCUGCAAGGUUUGGAUGGUGGGUCCAGGUGGGCGGGGCUUGGUGACUGCUUUGUUGUGACAUCACAAAGUUCCAGAAGUCCUGACGGCUGGUUUUAAGGCUCAGUUUCUGAAUACAGGCUGUGUGCAUUUCUCUGUGGACUGAGGCUUUGAUACUUUCACAGUAUUAAUAUAGAAGCUAGAGCUGAUCUAUAAUCACACUACACAUGGACACACACCUUCACACUGGAGGAGCUUUAAAGUAAAACUGAAUGAUAAACUCAAGACUAGUGUGGAAGUGAAUUAGAGCCACAUGGGGGAAGUAACUUUGUGAAAAGGUGAAAUGUUGAGAUUAAAGUUGGAAAAAGUUUUAGUUAAGAGAAAAAGAGAAUUAUAAACUUUAAUUAAUUGGACCUUGUAGAGUCGUCAGGCUGAUUCCAGACCUCUGGACCGCUGCCGGUGUCUCGUGUACGAACCGGUUCAGACCCGACACAUUUCUGCAGUUUUGAGUUACUCAACUCUGAACUCCCCUUGAAGUGGGUGUGUGUGCUUAUUUUACCAACCAGGUGGUGCCAGGUGGGUGGGUGACAGCGAGGCUGGUCAAUUUCUACUCUCUCUAAACUCCACCCACCUGGUGCCACAAGUACAGUGAAACAAACGGCAGCAGUCCACCUGUCCCAGCUGUGUGAUCAGGUGCGUCAAUGAGGGGGAACAUUCAGCCAGUCCAGACUUUUAUUUUGAAAUAACUGUUAUUUGGAUGUACAAUCUGAUGUUGGGAAUAGAAUAAGCUUCUUUUCCUGUGUCACCGAUAUCAAAAGGAGGUCAGGGGUUAAAGGUCACAGUUGACUCAUCAUGUGUGACCCCUAAAUGAAUGUCAGUAACAGAAGAGCUGGAAGGAAGAGAUGAUUUUAUUUUUCUAGUAAGACGACAAAUCAUGAAAUAGUCGUAUGGUAGCCUGUAAGGGACAGUUUAGCUUUCAGUAGCACUUUAGCUUAACAACACUACAACAUGGUAAAAUGAGACUGCUCGUGUUUUCUGCAGUUGGUUUAAAUAAUGUAAGUUUAGUUAUGAAGGACUUUUAUUGUCUAAAUGUGAAUUUUCAUUUAAAAGAGUUUAAACAUCGACAUUUAACACGCCUCAGAUUUACCUGCAAUAAUAACAUUAACCAGGUGAGCUUCAGUCUUCCAGCUUCAGCAGCUUCUCUCUGCUUCACACACACACACACACACACACCUGCUGCAGGAGUGUGUGAGCUCACCUGGCCGUCAGUACAGGUGUGAACUGAGUGAAUGAGUUAACGUGGUUUUCUAACAGCGGCGAGUGAAUAAAACAUGUUUUUCUUCUAA